UACGGCGGCCGGCGCGGGUCAAGCUGCGCGUUCCGCGGAGCCGCUCCGGGCAGCAUGGAGGGCGGGCGGCACGGAGAGGCAGCGGCGGCGGCGCCUUCGGGGGAUGGGCCCGCACCCGUUUUCACCCUGGAGGAGGUGGCGAAGCGGAACUCCAGCCGUGAAGCCUGGCUGGUGAUCCACGGGCGCGUAUACGAUGUCACCCGGUUCCUGGCGGAGCACCCAGGUGGAGAAGAGGUGUUGCUUGAGCAAGCUGGCAGAGAUGCCACUGAGAGCUUUGAAGAUGUGGGGCAUUCCACAGACGCCAGGGAAAUGCUGAAGCAGUACUACAUCGGAGAGGUGCACCCGAACGAUCGUGGAAAGGAAGGUUCUAAGAAUCCAAGUAGGACAUCCUCAGGCCAAACAAGUUUCUGGUCGACAUGGCUGAUCCCCAUCUUCGGAGCACUGGUCUUAGGUUUAAUGUAUCGCUAUUACAUGGUGGAUGGGAAAAGCUCCUGAGCUGGCCUUGCUGGGGCCUCAGACAGCCUGAAAAGAGGGAGAGAGAGUGUGUGUGUGCAACACGUGGAGUUCUGCUGCCCUUAGCCUUCCUGCCUUGCUUUUAGCUCUGAGUCUGUCAAGUGAUGUUGAUAUCCAUGGGACCAAGCUAAUUCCAAACUCUAUCCUAACUCUGGGACCCACAGAUCUGUCGUGCUUCCUUCUUGCAGUGGCAGGGAAAGAGAAACUUCCAGUAUUCCCUGGCAUUGGUGUGGUGUCCCUCGUGCUCGCUCUCUCUCGCUCUCUCUCGCUCUCUGACAUAACCCCCAGAGCACCUUUUCUCUCAAUGCCUUUGCGUUAAGCCAGACAUCAUGAAAGAGCUGCCCUGGGCCUGUGGCUCUGCCUCAGCCCUUCACACAGUCGGGAAUCAUCUGCCAGUUGUCUCCAGCCCUUGCCAGAAAAGAUGUCCAGAGCUUUGGUUCCACAAGAACAUCCCCCGGAGCGUGCAGGCAACACUAAUUGGAGCGGCAGGGAAUUGUUGGUUUGGCCACCUCUUUCUGUACCUGUCUGUUUUUAACGGUUAAACAAAUACAUGGAUUUUAAAAGUGA